CUAAUGGGAUGUCUGCAUCAUGUUGUACCCAGAGUACUUAUGCCAGAAUAGGAGAGCCUUUAAUUCUGUAAUUCUCUGAGGCAAGAAAAGCUUUCUGAAGAGUUACUUUAAAUUUAAACUCUCAUUCUAAUGUUAGGCAGCCUGUUGGAUCUCCGAGUUAAAAAUUGCUUCAGCUUUAGUUACUAGAGCCAGAUGUAACAUUGACCUUAAAUGGUAAAAGCUCCCAAGAGUGAAAGAGAGGCUGGCCCGAGGGGAAAGAGAAGAAUAACUGAAGUUUUAGGACGUUCCUGCCUACAGCAUUCCAACCAUCAGCCUGCUGAAUAUUCAUUAUUCUUUCACUUGUGCUAUAGAGCACUAUGCAGACCAUGAGAAUUCCAGCCCUUAAACUCCACUGAUAGGUGCACAAGGCUGGGAUUGUAGAUCUUCACCCACAUCCACUCUGCCUAUGCACCGCCGGGGAGCGCAGUGAUGAAUUGAUGAGGACACUGAUGUACUGAUGAGCACACUGAGGUAUUGAUGAGGACAGCCCCCUGAUUCCUGGGCAGUGUCACACCUGCAGAUCACGAGGCCUCCCAGCGCUUAUGCCUUCAGGCUAACUUGAAACAGAUACUGCCAGCAGUGCAUGGUCCUCUUAGUCCACAUUGCAGCUCCACGUGCUUCUCGCUGCUCACCAUGCCAACCUCACCUGAAGACAAGGGACAAGCAAAAGAGGCCCAGCACAACAGUUCUCCUCCAGCCAAAGACACAGCUAUUGAAGGGACAACAUGCAGCACACCUUCUAUUGUUCUGCCAGAGAAUGCUGUUACACCAGAUGCAGAAAUUGAUAAAAACCUGGUUAACAGGCCUCGGAGUCCUCAUAGGAGACAUUCCAACCGUGCCACCAGGAAUUCAACAAGUUCACUGACUUCUGUUGACAAUAGCGGCCAUGUGAUUGAUCUGGUGAAUGAUCCACUACCAGAUGUCAAAAUAUCAGAGGAAGACAAAAAGAAGAACCUUGAAUUGUUAGAAGAAGCAAAGAAAGUGAGUGAAAGGUUCCUGACACGCAGAGGCAGAAAGUCAAGAAGCAGCCUUUCAGAGUCACCCACAGCAGUUUCCCCUACUCUUAGUCCUAAAGUUUCACCCGUAGCAUCUCGGAGCAACUCUCUCACUCUUCCAUCAGGGUCUGAUGUAUGCCCAACCACUAAUAUUGAGUCAGUAUCUCCAGGGCAGAAUAACAGAAUUGUGAAAGAGGAUGACAGGCAAACUGCGGAGAAUGCUGCAAAAGGAUUAAUUGAUCGAAGGCAGAAUGAUCAAAGAAAGAUUUCUCAGGGAAGGUUGGUUCCUCGUUCUGCUGCCUUUGAAAACUCCAAAGAGAAGCUCUCUGACCAAAAGGAAAACUUUGAUCCACGUAAACAUAUGGAUUCUUUACCUAAAUUCUCCCCUUCAGCUGGUGACGGUGGCAGAAUGUCUCUUAAUACUUGUGUGAAUGUUUGUGAAAAUGAACUUGGAAAAUCAUUCCUCAAGAAAGUGAAAGAAAAUGAUGUUCCUUUAAGAACCCAUCUACCAGGACCAGGAAUAGGAAAUAUGGACUCAAAGCUAAAAAUUCCUGUUCCAGAAAUGAGGGACCAUAAAGUUCCAUGUAAACCAGAAUUUAAACUGUGUGGGCUGCGUCCUCCUUUAUUAAGGGCUGUGUCCUGGGAUAGCUUGGAGCCUGGACAGAAAGAGAAAAGCCCUUUAAAAUUACCAUGUGAGGAAGAUAAAAGCUUUCUUGGUAAUAAAUCCAGCAAUCAGUUAAAAGCCUUCAAAGACCUUCAAAUCCAAGUUCAGCCAGUUCGAAUGCAGAAGCUGACAAAGCUCAGAGAGGAGCAUAUUUUGAUGAGAAAUCAAAAUUUAGUUGGACUUAAACUUCCUGAACUUAGUGAAGCAGCAGAACAGGAAAAAGGCCCUUCACCUCUCCCUUCCCCCACUGAAGAGGAAGAGACAAAGAACAACUCUGAUGUCAUGCCCAGCAUUCCUGAUGUAUUGCUGCGAAAACUGCGAGUGCACAAAUCACUUCCAGGAAGUUCCCCACCACUCACUGAAAAAGAAGUUGAGAAUGUAUUUGUACAACUCUCCUUGGCCUUUAGAAAUGAUAGUUAUACAUUGGAAUCUAGAAUUCAGCAGGCAGAGAGAGAGAGAAAUCUUACAGAAGAGAAUGCUGAGAAGGAACUGGAAAACUUUAAAGCAGCCAUUACGUCUUCAGCUCACCUGUGGCACCACUAUGAGCACAGGGAAGCCUACCAGAAGCUGCUGGAGGACAUUGCGGUGCUGCGGCGUUUGGCCGCCAGGCUCUCGAGCCGCGCCGAGAUGGUUGGAGCCGUUCGCCAGGAGAAGCGUAUGUCAAAGGCAACAGAAGUAAUGAUGCAGUAUGUGGAAAAUCUGAAAAGGACAUAUGAAAAGGAUCAUGCUGAGCUAAUGGAGUUCAAGAAACUUGCCAAUCAGAAUUCUAGCAGGAGCUAUGGUGCAUCUGAAGAUGGGGUUCCUCGUUCAUCUAGAUCCAUGUCUCUCACUGUUGGAAAGAAUAUGCCUCGGAGGAGAGUCAGUGUUGCGGUUGUUCCUAAAUUUAACUCCUUGAACAUUCCUGGUCAGUCACCAACAGCUUCACCUAUACCUUCAAUGCCAUCCCUGUCUGAAUCACCCAGUAAUGGAAGGAGCAGCCUAACAUCUACUCCUGCUCUGCCAGCACUUCUAGAAAAUGGGAAGUCAAAUGGAGAGCCUGACUGUGAAACCUCAACUUCUGUGCUGACACAGAGUGGGUCGGAAGAGAUCAGUCCUGAAACUAAAGCCAAGAUAGAAGAGGAAGCCUAUAACAAGGGAUAUCAGGAAGCCUUGAAGAAAACCAAAGAACUUCAGGAACUGAAGGAAGAAGAUGAAGAGACACCCAAAGAAAGUCAUGAUGAACAUGAAGAAAGUGAAAAUGAAGAUGAGAUAAAAAAUCUGAAAAGCAGCAGACUUGAAGUCAUCGUGAAUUAUUUAUAUAUCCUGUACCCCAAACUGUGUAAACACUGGAAUGUGGUGUGGCUUGUAGUGGCUGCAAUAGUCAUUUUUGCUGUGGUGUUGGGAAUCUACCAUUCCUACAACUCCUGUGAUGAAAAGUCAGAGGCAGCUGAAGGGAAGGCCAGCUGUUCUGCAGCCCAUCAGUAUUCCUGGUGGAACUCAGGAUUCCGACCGGAGCAGCGCACGGAAUAACAGAG